AUGUCCAACAGCAGCUCCAUCACCCAGUUCCUCCUCCUGGAGUUUGCAAAUACACGGGAGCUGCAGCUCUUGCAAUUCUGGCUUUUCCUGAGCAUCUACCUGGCUGCCCUCCUGGGAAACAGCUUCAUCGUUACCGCUGUAGCCUGUGACCACCACCUCCAUGCACCCAUGAACUUCUUCCUCCUCAGCCUCGCCCUCCUCGACCUGGGUGCCAUCUCCACCACUGUUCGCAAAUCCAUUGCCAAUUUCCUCUGGGACACUAGAGCUAUUUCCUACUUGGGAUGUGCUGCACAGAUCAUUUUCUUUCUCCUUUUCUUGUCAGUAGAGUCCUCCCUUCUCACCAUCAUGGCCUAUGACCGCUACGUUGCCAUCUGCAAACCCCUGCACUACGGGACCCUCCUGGGCAGCAGAGCUUGUCUCCACAUGGCAGCAGCUGCCUGGGGCAGUGGGUUUCUCCAUGCUGUACUGCACACUGCCAGUACAUUUUCACUACCCCUCUGCCAAGGCAAUGCUGUGGACCAGUUGUUCUGUGAAGUCCCCCAGAUCCUCAGCAUCUCCUGCUCAGAUGCCUACCUCAGGGAAAUUGGGCUUCUUGUAGUUAGUGCUUGUUUAGCAUUUGGGUGUUUUGUUCUCAUUGUGCUGUCCUAUGGGCAAAUCUUCAGGGCCGUGCUGAGGAUCCCCUCCAAGCAGGGACAGCACAAAGUCUUUUCCACGUGCCUCCCUCACCUGGCUGUGGUCUCCCUGUUUGUCAGCACUGCCAUGGUGGCCUACCUGAAGCCCCCCUCCACCUCUGCCCCAGCUCUAAAUCUCAUACUGUCAGUUCUGUACUCAGUGGUGCCUCCAGCUGUGAACCCCCUCAUCUACAGCAUGAGGAACAAGGAGAUCCAGGAUGCUCUCAAGAAAAUGAUUCUACCAAUGAUAUUUCAGCAGCAAUGA